AUGCCACCAAAAAGGAAACUAUCCUGUAGCUGUAGAAAACACAGUGAAUACUGUGGGGGCAAUGAACAAAGCAGCUAUCCUGUUCGCAGAACUGACGGAUACAAAAUAAAAAAAGAAGUUAUAGGAGCUCUUAUUUCGAAUGGAGCUCUUUCAGAUAGAGCCAUGUACCUCUGCGAGGGAUGUGCGCAGUACGCCGAGAAAAACAUGAUGACAAAUAAAAAAAGAAAGCUGACUGAAUUACCAACAGAUAUUAAUUGUAAGGCAGUAAUGGAUGGUAUUAUGAGGGACAAAUUCACUGUCGAGGAGCUGUCUUCCAUAGCCAAGUGUCUGGGUUCGAAGAUUUCGAAUUCUCUGAGCAGAGACGUUUAUGAAAAUAAAAAGGUUUAUGGUAGUGACACAUUUCUAGAGGAAUUUAAACUAACCGAAUGGUUGAAGAACAAAAACCCAGUUCUGGUUUCUUUUUUGGAAGGCAUUGGAGGUCACUGUGAUCAACAAUUGGAGAUUGCAAAAGCUGUUGAUGCAUGUUACUAUCUCGCAAAUAAACAAUAUGUGGCACCGCUUUCUUUUUUCCAGAACGUGUUGACAUAUUUCUUAACAGGCAGCAAGACUGCAGUGAAAAUAAACUCAGCCGGAAAUCCAUCAGGAUCAUAUUCCACAAUAACAAAUUUUCUGACAAAUACAGAAGCACUUCAAAUGCCAAAUAAAGGGGAUACAUUUAUAUUCAUUGAUAAUAAUCAGGUAAUCGAAAGAAAAUGGCACGUGGAAGCAGAUUACAAGUCUAAAUCUAGCGUCAUCACCACAAGGGUCAACAUCGUACCUGAUAUGCAAUCUGAUUUCCAAAGAGAAGAUAAUUUUUCUCCAGCUGUAUGGUGGAGUCCUCAAGUGUCGACUGAGGAAGUGAACUCCAUCAUCACUGACAUUAGAAUGAAACAUGACGAGUUUAAUCGAUACAGGGACACCUUUAUUAAUGAUAUCUUGAAGAAGAUAAUGGAUGGUGUUGCUUUCGAACCGAAUUCCGGAAGCGAGAGAUACACGUUUAUUGAAAGUGGGCACUCUGGGGAAAGACCUUUGUGUUCCAUGGGUGAACCAAUAAUCGAGAACCCCUGCUCCUACGAAUCCGUUGAAAAAGUUUUCGACGACAUUUUGAGCACAGUCUCUCAGUCCAAAAGAAGUUGGGCCAUUGUAGGAUGCGACGCCCUGCCAUACACGAUUGGGCACCGUGUACUGGAAAACGUCCAUAGCUGCCCAAGUUGCCACCACGAAUUUUUAACCAAAGCGGAACUCGUAGACCAUGCUAACACAAAUAAACACGACUGUGACCCUAAACUGUGUCGCAAAUACAAACAUAUUAUGCUUGUACCAGGACUGGGACACUAUGAAAUAAACAUGGUAAAAGCUUUGUUUAAACUCCUGUGGGAUGUUGGACUAAGCAGACUUGCCAAAAUGCUUGGGUUUUGUUCUCCAAAAGCCCAGCUGUCCUGCCAAAAUGCAACAGAUCAUCACAAAAGCUGGCAGAUAAUACAGAUUUUCUUGUUCAGCUUUUCGUUUGAACUUUUGCAGCAAUAUGUCGAUUAUGCCCGUAUCCAGCAGGAGUUUCCAACAGCCGAUGGGUAUUUCCAAUGGAUACCUCAUCGGCCUGAAAUGCACAGAUUUUUAUCAGAUGCUGUGUUUGGUUACUGUUUGGCACUGCACGUCUUUAGAGCAGGUAUUAGGAGGAACAACUCCGAUGCAAUUAACGUUGCCAAAGCACGUUUUGCACCACUGUUCUUUGGACUGAGCAUGCCAUUCUAUAUGGAAACGUUCUUUAGAGAUUCAGUAUUGCGAACUAAAUGUCCGCCAGAAUUGCUGAAUUUUCUGAAGAAGCACGAAUCCUAUAGUGUUUCAGGAAACGAUUGCAAAGGAGAGGGUGGAGAUUUUGUGCUUGAAAGUUUCAAUCGAAACGUCAAGCGGCUGUUGCCAUCGGGCCUACCAAAUGAGCAAGGCUGGAUCAGGGCAUGCAGGAAUGUGGAGAGACUGGCAAAAGUGAACGAAUAUAUGGUAAAUAUACUGGGCAUAUCUGACUCUACAGACCCAGAGUAUUCCUAUAUGUACGGAAUUAAGAAUGAAAUUCUACAGUUUAGAUCCAUCAUCAAAGAGAGUAAAAUGGUGGAUUCUGAUUCCACAGAGGGGCUGUGUGGAGAGAAGCUUGCUGCCGAAUUUUGCAACUUCCAUGAAGUGUGCAUGAAAAAUUUUAAAGACUAUGCAGAGGAAGUUUCCAAAACACACUCCCUCCAAAAGAGACUGAAGCCUAAGCCAAUUAUCAUUUCCAAGAAACAACAAAUUAUUUCAGAGAAUUAUUUAUCUUUUACAAAAGAAGAAUUAAAAACAAAAAUUGAGGAACAUUCAAUGGGGGAUACAAAGAAAAAAGAAUGGCAGAAGAUUAAGAAGGGAAAAAAAGAGGGUAUCAUAAACUUUCUGAAGGAUUUACAGAAGGAAUGA